CGCCGAGAGGAUGGACAAGAACGUGCUCGCCCGCGCGACCGAGGACGCGGACGCGCCGACGCCGGGGUACCUCUACGGGGAGAUCGCGCGCAUGACGAACCACUCGUACGAGACCUGCAUGAAGGUGCAGGAGUACCUCAUCGGCCGCCUCAAGAAGAAGCAGCCCAACAUCAAGUACAAAGCGCUCCAGGUCAUCAAGCAAGUGUGUCGAGAAGGCCGCGGCGAGUUCCGCCGGGACAUGCAGAAGCACGUACCCCUCGUCAAAGAGGCGCUGCAAUUUCGGGGGCCGCCGGAUCCGUUGAAGGGCGACGAGUACUACCGCCGCGUGCGCGAAGCCGCGAAGGAGUGCCUCGAAGCCAUCUUUGAUACGAACACGGCGCCGAUUGCCGCGGCGGGCAUCCAAGGCCGCAUCAAGGGCGUCGGCAACCCGGACGCGAUGCAGCCCCAGCCCUCGGGCGGCUGGUCCAACAAGCUCUCGUGGGGCAGCAAGGAGCAGGCACCGACGCAGCACUUUAGCAACGGCAACUUCAACAACGGGCCGGGCCAGUACGGCGGCCAGGGCGGCUACGGCGGUCCCGGUGGGUAUGGUGGCCCCAAUGGCUACAACGGGCCGACGCCACCUGGCCAAGGCGGCUACGAAGGACCGGCGUACCCUGGUGGCGGCUCCAGCGGCUACAACGGACCGCCGUACCCGGGCUCGGAGGCGCCGCAGCAAGGCUAUGGUGGUCCCGCCUACCCUCCGAACGGUGCUCCCCCGGCGCCGUUUGGUGGUCCGCAGCUCACGGGCAUGGGCAACCCGCUCUUUGAGGACAAGAAAGACAAGGGUUUUCUCGAAAGCUUGAAGGACAAGGCGUCCAAGUUCCGCGCGAACGAGCCCCAGGUCACGUUCGCGGGCGGCCCGCCAGGCUCGCAGAAUCCCCCCGAGGGCUGGAGCUUUGCCACGAACCGCGGUCCGACGAGCGGCGCAUACAACCCCAACGCCAACUCGACGUACAACCCGUCCGAGCCGUACCGACCCACCACGUACGGCGGCCCCACGGGCUACAGUGCGCCCGGUGGCUCUGGCUACGGUGGCAGCAGCAACUACGGCGGUCCGCAAGACGAUCGGUCGUCGGCCGCCAAGGACCUCAAGCAGCGUGCCUACGAUGGCGACCGAAAGAAGGGCCGUGUCGGCGGUGUGUGGGAUGCGGUGCCGGCACCAGCCCCUGCGCCGGUGCCCGUGCGCCAGCCGUCGCAGUCGCCCGGCGACAAGUACCGCAACGAAGGUCGGUACUCGACCCCCGAUUGGAACAACACGGGCUCGACACAGCCGCCCAACUCGUAUGGCUACCGUCGUCCGUCGGACCCGCAGCCGGUCGUCGGCCAGACGUCGGGGGCGGCCUCGGACGGCUCGUACGAACGCAAUGUGAUCCAAGCGCUGUGCCCACCCGGCGGUAUGCGCGCCGUGCCGCCGAAAGACAAGCUGGAUGCGUUCCUCAAGAGCGCCUUGACGCUGGAUGCGGAGGUUGUCGGCCCGAUCCUCGACGAGUGCCUCGAGAACGACGCGUGGCAAGUGGUGUCGAAAGCGCUCACCGUCAUUGACGGCCUCCUCAACACGAGCGGCUGCGAAACGUUUCACGAGUACUUCGCCGACAACUAUGACGCGCUGCAGCAAGCCACGAAUUCGGAGAAGGCGGCCGUCCGCGACCGUGCGGUCAAGAUCCUCCAUACGCUCGGCCACUCGACGUCGGUGGCGCCGUCCGAGCCCAAGCCGCGAGCGGCGUCCCGCACGCACCGGGGCUCGACGGCCGCGAGCACCGAUCUCCUCGGCGGGUUCGAAGACCCGACCCGACCCCGACGGCGCCGGCCGCGUCGCUCUUUGAGGGCCUCCAGCCUUCGGCAGCAGCAGCGCCGACACCGGUGCAGGCGACGACCGACAUGUUCGGUGGGCUGACCCUCGGCGGCGGCGAGACCAAGCCGACGCCCACGAACCCCGUCGCGUCGUUCGACCCGCUGCUUCAGGUGCCGCAGCAGCAACUGCCCAUGCAGCAGCAAAUGCCCAUGCAGCAGCAGCAACAACAGAUGCACCCUCAGAUGCUCCUCCAGCAGCAGCAGCAGUACAUGCAACAAAUGCAGCAGAUGCAGCAGAUGCAGCAGAUGCAGUACAUGCAGCCGCAAGCGCCCAUGAUGCCCCGCGGCCCGGCCAUGAUGCAGCAAGGGCCGGUCAUGGGCGCGGCGAUGAUCCCAACCAACUACAUUGCCAAGACGAUCCAGGACCCGAACGAGGACGCGUCCAAGGCGUCGGGCUUCAACUUUAUGUCGAAGGACUCGUUCAGUUUUGUGCAAGACCACAUGAAGGGCUAAGAAAUAUGACUCCAGUGCACUAGGACGUAGACGGUUUUGACCAAGUAGCCACUAUAUACACUCCUCUUCUUUACCAUGUCCAACAAAGUACUCGAUCCCGU